CCCAAAAGUAAAAUAUUGUUAUUGUUCAACUAGACAUAGAGUAGAUGCAAAAAGUGCGAUCCCAUUGUCGUUAGUCAUAGAGGUGAUUAAUUAAGUGCAUUAUUAAUAAAGUGCUAAAUGAAAGACAACCACAGAAAUGGACUCAUGGAAAAUAUCAGACCAAAAAUCGUGGUUAAUUUGGUGAUGGGGAAAACUUAAAUUAUAAUUUAUCACACUUUAUCUUCCACCAUUUCACCAUUAAGAGAGACUUAUAAAUACAAGCUGAUUAUAAAGUGUACACACACAAUCAGAAAACAUUAUACUUUUGCCACAAAAAAAAAAAAAAAGAAUAUUAGCAAAAUCACAUCGGAAAAUCAAGCUUAUAUUUAUGGCGGAAGAAGAGAAGCCCCGGCACCACCUCUUCCACCACGAGAAAAGGGAAGGAGAAGAGGAUAAACCCAUAGAUUAUGAGGCAGUUCAUAAGUAUGAGAAAGAAGAGAAGCACCACAAGCAUCUCGGCCGGCUCGACGAGGUCGGAGCUGCCGCCGCCGGCGCCUUCGCCCUGCAUGAGAAGAAGGAGGCUAAAGAGGAUCCAGAGCAUGCACACAGGCAUAAGAUGGAGGAAAGGAUAGCAGAGGCAGUGGCUGUAGGGGCCGGUGGGAUGGCAUUCCACGAGCAUCAUGAGAAGAAGGAAGCCAAAAAGGAAGAAGAAGAGGCCGAGGGAAAGAAACAUCACCACCUCUUUUAAAUAAAAUUUAAUUAUGAGCUUUAAUUAAUGAUGAAACUGUUCCCGCCCCCCACGCACACAAAGUGUUUGAAUUGUCUCUUUAAUUUGUGAGCGAGAAAUAAUGUUGUGUACUACCUGUGUAUUUUGACGAAUUGAUUAUGGGUUGUAUUUUUAUUUUAUAACUAUAUACUCUCUUCGUUCUAAAAGAGAGAGUCAUAUUUUUACACCAGGUGAUGUACAUUUGCAUUAAUGAAUUUCUUGUGUUUGCUUGGUUACUGUAUAAAAUAUCUACUACUAAUAAUUUGCGCUCUUCCAACAAAUACAAUACGUUUGGGAAAAACUAUUCAAUGAC